UUCCCAUCUUUCCUCUGUGGUAUCCUCCUCUCUUCACUCACCUACCCAUUUCUCAUCUCUGGAUGUAAACGCAGCUACUGAAACUUUAUGCUCUACCUUAACUUCUUGUCUAGACGACAUUUGUCCUCUCUCCUCUAGGUCAGCACGGACUGCCCCUUCUAACCCCUGGUUAUCUGAUGUUCUUCGUGAACAUCGGACUAAACUCAGAGCGCAGAGAGAAAAUGGCACAAAUCAAACAACCCGUCGGACCUGAAACAACAAACUGGACGCUAAACAGUCAGGUUUCAGGAGUGGCCAUUCAACUGAGACUGCACUUCUCUCGGUCACUGAAGCCCUGCGAAUUGCAAAAGCCCAUUCCAAAUCAUCAGUCCUCAUUCUGCUGGAUCUAUCUGCCGCGUUUGACACUGUCAAUCAUCAGAUACUCCUCUCCACUCUCUCAUCACUGGGCAUCACUGGAAUUCCACUUCGCUGGUUUGAAUCCUAUCUCACUGAUGAUCCAACGGUAGCUGCAAGGAUCUCAGGUUGCCUGGCAGACAUCUCGGCAUGGAUGAAAGAACAUCACCUCCAGCUCAACCUGGCAAAGACUGAGCUUCUUGUCUUUCCUGCUGCUCCAACUCUACAGCAUGACAUCACGAUCCAGUUAGGUUCAUCAACAAUUACCCCAUCAACUUCGGUCAGAAAUCUUGGUGUAAUCUUUGAUGACCAGCUGACCUUCAAAGACCACAUUGCAAAGACUGCUCGAUCUUGCAGGUUUGCACUACACAACAUCAGAAAGAUCAGGCCCUUUCUGACGGAGCAUGCUGCACAACUUCUUGUCCAGGCCCUUGUCAUUUCUAGGCUGGACUACUGCAAUGCUCUUCUGGCUGGACUUCCAUCAAACACAGUCAAACCUCUACAAAUGAUUCAGAAUGCGGCGGCACGACUGGUCUUCAAGGAACCCAAAAGAGCCCAUGUUACACCUCUCUUUAUCUCAUUGCAUUGGCUACCAAUCGCAGCUCGCAUCAAGUUCAAGACACUGAUGCUUGCUCAUAGAACAACCACAGGCUCAGCACCCGCCUACAUGCACUCACUAUUAAGAAUCUACAUCCCCUCCAGAAAUCUGAGAUCUGCUAGUGAGCGACGCCUCGUGGUACCAUCACAAAGAGGCUCAAAAUCACUCUCCAGAACAUUCUUGUUCACCAUUCCUGGCUGGUGGAAUGAUCUUCCCACCCAUAUUCGGAGUACUGGAUCCCUGUCAAUCUUCAAGCAACAGCUGAAAACUCAUCUCUUUCGACACUACUUGACUUCAACCUACACAUAAAAAAAAAAAAAAAAAAAAAUCUUUCUCCUUACUUAUUCCUUCCCUUGCUAGCUUGUACUUAUUUAAACAAUGCCUGAGACUUGGUGUUACAAGCACUUCCUUUGUCGAAUUGCCUCUUCAAGAUGAAUCGCUUCAUGUGUUCCCCAAAUUGUAAGUCGCUUUGGAUAAAAGCGUCUGCAAAAUGACUAAAUGUAAAUGUAAAUGUAAAUGAGUAAAGUACAGAUACUCAAAAA